GCAACUGUCACUAUGAGGCGUAAAGCCUACAAGCAACGUCCUUGACCCUAAAGACAGACGUAUAUUUUAUGGAUUUCGGCCUUUGUUAUUCAACGCUACAUAUAUACUCAGAAUGCAUAGUGCAGAGAUCCUAGUGGUGGAUUUAUGUAGACGUAGUUAAAGGGAUUGCUGUACAGCAGCUACCAACAUCCAGCUUCUUCGCCCACCCGCCCGUCUCAGCCCAGGAGACCAUACGCCCAGUGUCCUCCCCCGCUGUAGCUAGCUAGUUGUAGCUCCUACAAUUAGGCGUGAAGAUGGCGCAGGCAUUAUCCGAAGAGGAGUUUCACCGAAUGCAGGCUCAGCUGCUGGAACUCAGAACACAGAACUACCAGUUGUCUGACGACCUGCGCAAGAACACUGCAGAGCUGACUGCCGUUCGUCAGAAGACUGUGACCCUGGAGAAAGACUACAUCAAAGCCCAGAAGGCAUUAAAUAAGAGCAAAAAAGCCCAGGAGGUGGAUGCUUUGCUCAGCGAGAAUGAGAUGCUGCAAGGGAAACUGCACAGCCAGGAGGACGACUUCAGACUGCAGAACAGCACCCUGAUGCAGGAGCUGUCCAAGCUGUGUUCCCAGAUCGAACAGCUGGAGCAGGAGAACCAGUGUCUGAAGGAAGGGAAGACUCCUCCCCCUACAGCCCCCAGCCCCGCCUCCACACCUGUAGAUGCAGAGUUGCUCCGCCUGCAAGCUGAAAAUACCGCUCUCCAGAAGAAGAUGGCAGCCCUUCAACAGCACAUGGAGAGGAGGGCUCAGAUCAAUGACACCACAGAGACAGACAGUGGCGACAGCAACGGUGUCCAGUGUCAAUCUGACGUCAGCGGAAAAGGGGAGGAGUCUUCAUCAGGAACCAUCGACAGAGUGGAACAGGCAGAAUCAAAGUGUGUCAAGCUGGAGCAGAGAUUAAACGAGCUAAGCGGAGCGGCGGUGUCAGUGAGGAGCUGUGGUGUAGUAAAGCAGGGUGCUAUUGGCUGGUCUGCUGCGCUGUGUCCAAUAACACAAUGCUUUGGACCAGAGGUGGAGCUGCAGCUGAACACUGAGGUGGAGGAGAAGAGACUGCUGAGGGAGCAGCUAACAGCACUUGAGUCAUCCAAACAAACAGAGAUAACAAAGCUACAGGAAGAGAUAACCAAGCUUUCUGACAAACUGAAGAAGAAGCAGGAGAGCUUCAUGCGUCUGCAGGGGGAAAAGGAGGCCCUGUACAAUGACAGCAGGACUAAGAUCGACGAGCUCCAGCAGAAAAGGGAGGAGGAGAGUAAAUCCAUGAACCUCCGCAUCCACAGGCUUCAGGCCGACCUGGUGGCAGCCAGUCAGACCACUGCUGAACUAAGGGAACAGCUACAAAGUCGUCAGAAGGAGCAUGAGCUGGCUCUGCACUCCCUCAAAGACCAGGUAGCGUGUCAGAGCGCCGUCAGUCAGGAGCAGGUGGAGAGCAUCUUGACGGAGAACGAUGCUCUCCGGACUAACCUGGCUGCUCUAGAACAGAUCCAGACAGUGAAGACCCAGGAGCUGAACCUGCUCAGGGACCAGAAUGCUGCUCUGGCAGCAGAGGUCCUGCAGGGACGGGCCGAGAGAGACGACCUGAACUCACAGCUACAGGAGUCCAGCUUUGCCAACAGCAAACUUCUAGAGCAGCUAACUGAGGAGGGGCAGGACAAAGACAGGCUACAGCGCGAGCUAGAGGACGCCAAAAAGACGGCGGAGAAGCGCAAGGCGAUGCUGGACGAGCUGGCCAUGGAGCUGAACCAGGAGAAGCACCGGCACAAGGAGGAGCUGAGCGACGUGCGGCUGCAGCAGGAGAAGGAGGUGCUGGGGGUGCGUGCACGCUACGAGAAGGAGCUGAGGGGGCUCCACGAGGAGAAGAACCGCACCGAGGAGGAGAUCCGGGGGCAGCUCCGGGAGGAGAAGGCUCGCUGCAGGGAACUGGAGGGCCUCCAGCAGAGUGUGGAGGAGCUGCAGGCCCAGGUCCAGGCCAUGGAGGGAACCAAGGGCUGGUUCGAGCGCAGGCUGAAGGAGGCCGAGGAAAACAUGGAAAAGAACACACUAGAACACCAGGAGAACAUUGAGAAGCUGCAGAAGGAACACGAUGUCCAGCUGGAGGAGAAGGAGGCCAACACCGAGCAGGUGAGGCAGCUGCUGACGGCCGUGGAGAAGGAGCGCGACGAGCACAACCACACCAUCGGGAAGCUGAAACAGGAGGUCAAAGACACUGUGGAUGGCCAGAGGAUCCUGGAGAAGAAGGGUAGUGCAGCACUGAAGGACCUAAAGAGACAGCUCCAGCUGGAGAGGAAGAGAGCUGAUAAACUCCAGGAGCGUCUUCAGGAGAUCCUCACCAACACCAAGACCAGGACAGGUCUGGAGGAGCUGGUGCUGUCAGAGAUCAGUUCUCCCAGUCGGACCCAGCAGACAGGAGACAGCAGCAGUGUGUCGUCCUUCAGCUACAGGGAGAUGAUGAAGGAGGGGGCCGCACCUCAGACCUCCACCAAGUCGAACACAGGCAGCCCCCAGUCCCAGCGGCCUGCAGACCUCUCGGAUGACGAGGUCAGUGAGCUGUUCCAGAGACUGGCCGAGGUUCAGCAGGAGAAGUGGAUGCUGGAGGAGAAGGUGAAGCACCUGGAGGUGAGCUGUUCCUCCAUGGCCGAUGACAUCUGUAAGAAGAGUGCCAUCAUCGAGACAUACGUCAUGGAGAGCAGGAUAGGUAUGGAGCUCUCUCUCUCUUCCUCUCUCUCUCUUUUUGUGUGUCUCUUUUCCCUCUCUCUUCCUGUUUCUUUCACUCUCUAUUUCCUCUCUCUUCCUCUGAUUGCCUAUCAGCAUGGCUGCCUGUUUGUAGGGCACCGUCCUCCAGGUGUUUAGCCCGUGUUGAGCUGUGCUAGAGACCACUGAGUUUGAGCCUACUUUCAUUUGGGACUGUACGCAGAGAAACAUUAAGACCUCUUCUACUUUUCAUCCCUUUAAAGCAGGGCAGAAAAAUAGCAGAGACAUGAAACGAUAUUGCACCGACAGAUGUGAUACACAAAUAAACCCAAACUCGCGUCUGUUGCGUCCAAGCAGACAAUUUAUCUUAUUCUAUUCUUACAUAAGAACAUGUCUCUCUGUCGCGCUUUUACAAACUCUACUGAAACACUCGAGCGGUGCUUUUUAUAGAAGGUCUAUUUCAGUGUGUGGGGCUGGGGAGUUCAGAUGGGCCUGCAACAUAGAAGCUCUGCUUCUGGAACACAGAAGCUCUGCUUCUCUGAAAGCAGACCGGUCUGAACACUUCUGAUGAUGGCGAGGUGUGGUACUGUUAGGG